GUAAUUAACUUAACUAUUUUCUAUGAUUAAGUUGUUAAAUGGUAGAAUCAUUAUAUUGGAAUGGCAGAUAAAGAAAAAAAUACUCUCCUUAGUUUCGUAAUACUCUCAACAUACGAAGUGACUCAGAUACCAUUAAACUACUAUGCAGCGGAACAUGAGCACAGUAGUAAUGCCACAUUUAGUCUAAAGGCACCAAGACCCACAUUAAAUCUACUCAAUCUGCAGUAGAAUUACUGCUUUAACACUGACCUGAAAUAAAAAUCGCUUUAAUGAAGCUAUUCCCAAAUAGAUUAGCAAGGAAGCUCGCUUUGAUAUUUUUGUCCUUCGGCAAUUACAGUUGUAUUAAUUCUGCAGAUUUUUUGACCUUUGAGACUUUCUGUGUUGCUCUGCAUGGUUUGGAUGUUUCAGUGUCCACGUAUAUCUGAUACACAGCUCACAGGCGGUGUCAACAGAGGACAAAAAUAGCACAUUACUGCAACUGAGUGAAGAGUCACACUGGAGAUUUGGUAUCUCUGACCCACCGUGUAAAGGAUGCCUGUCAAAGGAGCUGUAAACAGGGAGGCAGACUGUAAACUGAAAUAAAAGAGCCAGGUCUGGAGCUUUCAGUCACCAGAACAUCUCAUUGAAUCAGGCCCUUCUGCCAAAAGAUUUUUUAAAAGGUGGUGGAAAACGUCAGCAUGGCUCCUGUUAUUGUUUCAGUUAAUUUGACAACUUUGAGAGCCAAAUGGGAAGGUAGAAUAAAAAAACACAAAGACCGGCAAAAGAGGGAGCGAGAAAGACAGGAGAAGAGUGCACUAGCAAGGAUUAAUGAGGAGUGGACAUUGCUGAUUGAAUGUAGAAAAAGGGCCAUUAGAAAUUAUUGUGCGCUGAGAACGGACCUAGUAAAUGGGGAAGUUCGUGUUGGACCAAAUCACUUAAGCAGCUCCCGAACAACUCAGCAGGUUGGAUAUGGAAACUUUAUUUUGCCAAAACAAAAAAACGAUAUCACAAUCGAAGAGAAAAGCUUCAUUUUUGAACUAUCUGGAUUACAGUGGCAGGAGCUUCCUGAUUCCUUAAGAGACUUGACUUACCUUAGAGAAUGGCAUAUUCAGAAAACAAGCAUACAAGUCAUUCCAGCCUUUAUUGAAAUGUUUCAGGAUCUGAUUGUGUUAGAUUUAUCCAGGAACUGUAUCGAGGAACUGCCAGCAGCAAUAGGCAAGCUGACCAAACUGAAGGAAUUGAAUGUUAGUUUCAACAAACUCACCAGCGUCCCACCAGAUCUUGGCAAUUGUGAAAACCUAGAGAAGCUGAAUGUAUCAAAUAACAUGGAGCUGUCAGGACUACCAUUUGAGCUACGUGAUCUACAAAACCUCACCUUGUUAGAUCUGUCCUCAAACCAGUUCCCAAGCAUCCCUAUCUGUGUGCUUCGGAUGUCAGCCCUCGAAUGCCUGGAUCUUAGUGGCAAUAAACUAAAGGACCUGCCUCAGGAUCUGGACAGACUCGAUAAUCUGCAAACCCUCUUCCUGCAGAAGAACAAAAUGACCUACCUGCCUCAAAUCCUAUGUAAAAUGGUUAAUCUCAGGAUGUUGGUUGUCAGUGGUGAUGACAUAACGUCAUUGCCAAGUUCUUUGUUGACCGACCCUAAUCUCAAAUAUGUAGAUCUGCGGGAGACCCCACUGGACAGUAUAGAAGACGAGAUGCUUGCUGAGCUCCUAGGAGAUGAUGAUGAUCGAGAACAAUUUGAAAAAGAGUUUAUGCAAAUGUACUUUGAGGACUUGAAAGUGAGAGAUUUAACUCCUUCCUAUACUACUAAGGUAUCUCUGAGCCUACAACUCUGACAGCAUGGGCCACGGAUUCUCAUGUGAACAUAAACAGAAUGGCAAGAGAAGCAGAUGAUCUGCCAUAAAGAACUGAUCCCCUUUGUUUCGAAAACAACAACAGUGAGGCACUGAUAAAAUGUGAUAACUCACUUAAGUCAGCUUUGCAUUUUCAAGUACAUAUGGGGUGUACAAGGCAAUUAGAGGAUAGCUUUUUUUUAGAUGUAUUGUGUUUAUUCAUGGCACAGUUCAGUAUGUUGGAAAUGGGCAUAUGAAAGAAUUUGUGAUCCCACAGCUGAUUGAUAAGAAAUGCUUGGAAAGACAUAUGACCAAAUGCAAAAUGUAAGAAGAGGCAACAUGUAUGUGACGAAUGUUUUAAAGCUAAUUGUGCUGUAAUGUAUAGAGGGUGAAAUAUUUGUGGGUAACAAUUCUGUUUAACGUUACAACACAACAACUUGCAUUUAUACAGCACCUUUCAUAGGGUAACAUCUCAGAGCACUUUGGGAAGAAAAUAGUAGUUCAUUUGGAGGUGGAUUUUUGACAAGCCGACAUCCCGAAACGUGACGUGUGUAAAAAUGAAUGGAUUGUUUUCCUCAUUGCACAAGAUCCUUUUUUGGUUUGAUUUCAGAAUGAAUCUUCACAAUCUAAUCAGUGAGACUAUGUGUUUCAAUAUAGCUCAAGAUAUCUUGGAGUGAAAAUUGCAACAUGAAUGGGCUAAAAUUCCAGUCGGUGUUGCAUUUAACUUCUUUAGCAAUGUAUAAUUAUAGUGAGAAAAUCUCACUUAGUGGCCAACCAUCACUAAAGGCGCUGCAGAUAUUGCUGACCAGAAUUUAUGUUAAUUAACACCAAUGUUACGAAUUAACACAUGCAUUUAAAUUAGUAAGUAGAUAAUUGGCAUGUAGAUUGUUUUCUGAAUGGGUUGGAGGUAGAGCUCCCAAAACCCUUCUGAAGGAUUGUGCUGAAAAGCUCACUUUUCAGCAUGUUGGGACUUCUGGUUUACAGAGUGUGACACUGGACUGCUGGUUAGCGGGUACCUGCUUUACUAAACAAAAUGAACCUGAUUGGAGGUGAGAUUCCACUAACUAGCACACUGAGACCACAGCCUGUCAAACUGACAGUCUGAUGCACAGCAGAAUCAGGGGAGGGAUGCGUCACACUUGCAAGCCAGUCAAUUUAUCAACUGGCAGCAUUUAUCAGUGAUGUGCUAAUUAACACAUCACAGAUCACAAUUUUCACCCCAUUGUGUACAAUUGUGGGGCAUUCUACCUUCAAAAGGGCACUGAAGCAUUAGGUUGUGCUCCAAGAAAAAAAACUAAUAAGGAUUAUGGCACAUGGAAAUGGUUGAAUGCUGUGUGGAAUGUGAAGCGGAAUUGUGGAACACUGUGGAAAAGUUAAGGAAUAAUAGGAUGAUAAGUUGGAUGCAUAUUGAUUUUUAUCAGGUUGGAUUAUUUACCUUGAGGGCAGAGAACAAUUUUACAGAACUUUAUGAACAGAAGAGUAAAUCUGGAUGGAUGAAUGAAUGAAAUGCAUUAAAGAAUUAAUUAUAGGUGAUCUUUGAAAAGGUGGGAUUUUUUUCUCAUUCCAAGCAUUAUGCCUCAAAUUCUAUUUUGUUUUAACUCCAAUACUAUUUUUUAAAAUCUUUAUCCCAGUAUUGGUAUAUUUCCGCUUUUUGGUUUACUUAUUUGCCACUGCAUAGGUUUUAUUCUAUGGAUGUCAGUGAAAUGACCAGUUUUGGUAAGUGUGAGUUUAUGAAUGCAAAAUGCCUGAUUGCAUCUUGGACCCCAUUAUACAUACUAAUUUUUUUAUGAUUUUGUCUAUAUGUUAAGAUUGUUGUAGGAUAUUUUUUGUGCUGGAAUGUAAGAAAGAGCACAUUAUUUAGCACUCUGUUAAUAUUUAUCAGUAUAAACCAGUGAUCAGUGCAUUAGAGAUGUUUUGUAUUACACAUUGCAUCAAAUUCUUGAUUAUUUCCUGUGCAUUUAGAAAUUAAUUAAAAGUAUACAAUAAGGUGUUUAAAGCUUU